AUGUCGCUAGACGAUGUUGUACACCCCCAGUUCACUUUCCUGUUGAUUCCCCAGGAUAUCGACAGUCCAGUGCAAGAGCUGCAAUUCAAGGGCAGAGAGGAAGACUUCAGAGAGCAGCUUAAAACCCAUCUAAAUCGGGAGAAAAUCAACUGCCUGAAUCAGCAACGCUUCAAAGAGUUCAAGCAAGGGCUCAAAGAGAAAUCUGAGGGGAAGAUUGGCGAUGAAGGACUCGAGAGAAUGGUGCAAGGCACUUCACAGAAUUACCAGAUAAUUCCGCUGACGCUGCCGACCAAAGCAAAUGGUUUUAAGGGUAUCAACGCGUAUAUCGACAGCGUAGGGCGCAUUAAGGGCCUCCCAACAAAUGCAAGAGCAACGCGCAUCUGCUCCACAGAUAUUCGGGGCGAUUGUUUUCUGUCCUGUGUCUUUGACGAUGAGGAAAAUUUCCAGCGCGUGAACUGCGGAGAGAGCACCUUUCAAGAACUGAUGCAAAAUCCUCCAGAUGCCAAGGGCAGAUGGAGCGAAACUCAGGCGGCCAUGCAACUCUUGCAGCAGACAGGGCAGGCAAAACUGGAAGCUCCUUCAAAGCCCAAGUGCGAGAACUGUGGCAAGGAGGAGGGGCCUUUAAAGCGGUGCGGACGUUGUGGAAAGAGCUGCUAUUGCAGCACCGAAUGCCAGAGGGAGGACUGGCCUCUGCACAAGCGAACUUGCUGCCCCAAACCUAAGUAG